GGCAACUCAACACCUACGUCACAGGAAGGGGUCACCGAGCUGCGCAUCGUAGGACUUCAUUGUCUUAUCUUGCGUCACGUUCUCCUGCUGGACGGCCUGGGUCAUUGUGGGUCCUCCAUUGUACCGUGUUAACAGUCUUUGGAGCUAGUAUCAGUGCAAGACGUCAAGGGCUUUCCUCAGGCUACUCUGUGGACGACGGAGACCGAAUAGGUGACAGAAUGCAGCCGAUGUUGACAGCAGCAUGGAUGAUGGUGAUGGUGGUGGUGUCCAAUGCACUGGAUCUGUUGCCGACGGCAGUAGUGCCAACACCCCAGCGCACAAAGGCCCCAGCAGAGGUGGUGGUUCCUGAGUAUGCCCAGACGCUAUACAAGGCCACAGACUACUCGACUGUGAUGAACACUUUGGUCCCACUGUGGCCAACACACGCCACCAAGUUCCACGACACAGUCACUACCACUGUCAUCAAUCAGACCAUCUCCACCUCAACGGCAGAGUUUGCAACAUUGAUCAACACGACGGUACUUUACCACAGCACCCCAACGGCCACCCAUUCCUUAGAAGCUGCCAUGACCUCCUACGAGACACUUGAGUUCCAGCACCAGUCAGUGAUAUACACUGACCUCAAAAAUAAUAGCAUUACUCACACUACAUUACAGGAUAAUGGUUUACCUUUCAUAUAAUUUAAACACACACAGUACACACUUUUAAAACCAACCUGGAUAUUAGUAUUGUAAAUGUAGAGACAGGACAUAUAGUUAUUUUGUAAUGUCUCAACUAGGUAAAAACACACACAAAAACACACACACACACACACACACACACACACACACACACACACACACACACACACACACACACACACACACACACCACUACAGGGUUGGCACAAUGAAAAAUCUUUUUCCAGUUACUGUGUAGUCAUUGGACAUUAGUUGUGAAGUUCUCUUACUCACUUGCUUAGGGCUUGACAAUGUGGAUGUCUUGUUAUUACCCCUAAUGUACUUUAAGGCGGGUUCACACGUGUCAACACACACACACACACACCACUACAGGGUUGGCACAAUGAAAAAUCUUUAUCCAGUUACUGUGUAGUCAUUGGACAUUAGUUGUGAAGUUCUCUUACUCACUUGCUUAGGGCUUGACAAUGUGGAUGUCUUGUUAUUACCCCUAGUGUACUUUAAGGCGGGUUCACACGUGUCAAUAUAUAGCUGGAGAUGCUAAUUGCUAGAAUUAUUGACAGAGCUCUGCUAGCUGGAACACUUUCACACAUAGUGGCUGGGAAGUUUUAUUUCUUGUAAGAAUAGUGUUCAUCUUGACAAAAAACUAUGCACAAUUGCAAUCAAAUUAAACCAUCACAAGUAUUCAGUCCAUACCUCUAACAACAGCCUGCAGAGAGGGAAACAGUCAUCUGAGAGUGGCAUUGAUCUUGAAUGUAGUUGUACAUAGGGUGUUUUUGCUGUACUACUAAUUUUUCAGAUCCCAGGCAUGCUACCUGUUCCUCAUUACCUCCAACAUCUUUCUCUCUGCCUCUGGGCACCCACAUGUUCAAACCUUCCAUGACGUCACAAUGUAAACAAAGCUGCUAGCGGCUGGACAAAACCAACAUGUUGGUCUUGUUUUGUGGCUGGUUUCUUCACCUGCUAGACACCAAUAUCCAGCUGAAAACUAGUGGCUGGCAAGUCCAGUCACAUAUUUAUACAUGUAAACCCACUUUUGUGCUGCUGCAUCCAUGUUUCUUUUUAUACUGUACUGAGACAAUGGUACUUUUUAUACUUUAAGGGGAACUAGACACCUGUAAACUACUUAUAUAUAACAUUGUGUUAUGGUACCAAAAUGUGGCCAGCCUUAUCCUCUGUGAUUUUUUUUAAAUAAAGCUUUUUUAAAA